AGUUCUCAAAUACCGAAGAGAAAACUGUAAUUGUUGCAAUACAUCAGUCCUGCUUUCCUACAGGGUUAGGGAAGACAAACAAUAUAUCAUGUACUUGUGGCUUCCAGCAACGGAAAGAGGAGAUCGUGAAUGCUGAGACAAUAAUCACUUCUGCUUCGUGACGUCAUUUUUCAUUGCUGAUGUCGAGUUUCUGGAGCGAUCCAGUACUUGGCUAGAUUGAACACCGUUGUCUUUAUGUUAGAAAGGGAUAAUUGAAAAUUGAUCCACCGUGGUAGGAAUAUAGCGGUGGUUAUAGGCGACACACAGAACAAAACAGGUGAAUGUCGAGAAAUUUCAGUCUGCAGAGUCGACGAUGAAUGGAAAUCUGAAUAAUGCAUGAAUGUAAGUUACAUUCAACCAUUUCUCCAAAAUAACACACAGCAUUCAGGCCUCACUGUCACCCUAAUGCACGAAUCAUCUCCCACGCCUGAUAAUCAGUUGCAUUUAUCUGAAACAUUGGAAGCAGGUCUUGUUUUUUGUUCUGCAUUUGGUUUAUGACACUUUCAUCCUGUACUACAAGAAGCAUCCACGAAGCUUAUGAGAAAUUAACCACUGUGCUCUGUGUAUACACACUGUAGUUGUUACAAGGAUAUGCAAAGGAGGUGUUAUUGAACUAGCAGCAGAGGAUGACUUUCAUGAAUAGCGUAGAAUUCUUACAAAAAUGAGUUUUAACAGAACUUUGAAUAUCAGCCACUUUGAGAGGGAUUAUUCCGGGACGCCUUUUCUGAUUUUGAACACAAUCUAUCCUCCGAUUUUAAUCGUGACUGGAUUAAUUUGUAACAGCUUGAUUGUCUGUGUAAUGCGCACGCGAUUUUUCCAAUGUCAGAACAUUUCCGUGUACAUGACAGCACUGGCAAUAAACGAUGCUCUCAGUCUUAGUAUUUCUAUGACAACGCAUUGGCUUUAUGUGUCAUUCGAAAAUGUGUAUGACCGAGACAAAGUGACAGAUAUAUGUAAAUUCCUCCAAGUAUAUGGUUGGGGAAACUGUGAUUUCAGCAUUCUUCUUUCAACCACAAUGUCUGUAAAUCGAGCCAUAGCUGUUUAUCUCCCGUUAAAAAGCAGGGCAUCAAAGUAUUCUCACAGAAGACCAAAAUAUAUCAUUCUUUUCCUUUUACUCAUUGUUUUUGUGAAAAAUAUCCACUUUGCAUUUUCAUCGAAAAUUGUUAAAUUUGAACACAUGCGGGAUAAACUAUGUGAUGUCUUUCCAGAAUCAGAAAUAUACAAAAUAUUCUGGGAAAAAAUUUGGCCGUGGCUUCAUGUAGGAUUCUUGGUUUUAUGCUUUAUUGUCAUUGCUGCUUCCAAUGGAGUUCUGGUCCGUCAACUCUAUGCUUCGUCUCAUUUAGAAAUCCGUCGUCAUUACUGUUCCAACCGAAAAGAAAGCUUAAUUGUGUCGGAGUUACCAGAGUCCCCUUUAAAACAUAGAAAUUCUUGUUUCUGUAGUAGCGAAAAAAGCAACGGAUCUGGGGACUUCAAGCAGUGGCAAACAGUUACACCCAUGUUGAUUGGGGAAUCGAUUCUAAUCCUCUUUUUAACCUUUCCGUUCAGUAUGCAGCUUGCCAUUUCCACUGCCGAUUUUGGACAUUCUGAGAUGUUAUUCGCCAUUACCUUCUACAUGUUGUAUACUAACAAAUGUGCUACCUUUUUUGUUUACCUCAUUACGGGUUCUCGUUUCCGUCUCGGAUUGAGAAAGAUGUUUUAUCGUUGUACACAUAGUCGUGGAGCAAUACGGAGACAACAUUUCAAGGAAACCCUACAUUGGAUCAACUCUUUGUCUGAGGGAAUGAUUUAUGGACAGUAAAGUGAGACUUACUUUUUUUUCAUUUUCUUUACAUGUAUUUAUUUAUUUCACAUUAUAUAUCUAUAUUUUUUCAUCUUUCUUCUAUGCUCUCUGAUUUAAAUUUUUAUGUAUUUUAACUUCUACAAUUGUUGUUGCUUCUCGUGCUUUUUGAAAUAAA